AUGUCGAACGGUGUAAAGACCAAGGUUGGAAUCAAUGGUUUUGGAAGAAUUGGAAGGUUGGUGUUGAGAAUAGCAUCAUUUAGAGAUGAUAUUGAGGUUGUUGCUGUCAAUGAUCCUUUUAUUAAUUCUGAUUACAUGGCUUACAUGUUGAAGUAUGAUUCUACUCAUGGUGUAUUUAAAGGAACCAUCAAUGUUGUUGAUGAGUCCACUUUGGAAAUCAAUGGAAAGCAUAUAAAAGUGACUAGCCAAAGAGACCCUGCAACAAUUCCUUGGGGUGAUUUUGGAGCUGACUAUGUUGUUGAAUCAUCUGGGGUUUUUACAACACUUGAUACAGCUUCAGCACAUAAGAAGGGUGGCGCCAAAAAGGUGGUGAUUUCCGCUCCGUCAGCUGAUGCACCUAUGUUUGUUGUAGGAGUAAAUGAGACCACAUACAAGCCACACAUGGAUAUUGUAUCUAACGCAAGCUGCACCACUAACUGCUUGGCACCUUUGGCCAAGGUGGUUCAUGAGGAGUUUGGUAUUGUCGAAGGUUUGAUGACGACUGUUCAUGCAACAACAGCUACACAAAAAACUGUUGAUGGACCUUCAAUGAAGGAUUGGCGUGGAGGUCGUGGUGCGGCCCAAAACAUCAUCCCUAGUUCAACUGGCGCCGCCAAGGCUGUAGGGAAGGUGUUACCAGAACUAAACGGAAAACUCACGGGUAUGGCCUUUAGGGUCCCAACAGCAAAUGUUUCUGUUGUGGAUCUAACUUGUCGACUUGAGAAAAGUGCUUCAUAUGAAGAUGUUAAAGCUUCUAUAAAAUAUGCUUCUGAGGGUCCCAUGAAAGGAAUUCUCGGGUACACUGAUGAGGAUGUUGUCUCCAAUGAUUUUGUUGGUGAUUCCAGGUCAAGUAUUUUUGAUGCGAAAGCCGGAAUUGGGCUAAGUGCAUCAUUUGUGAAGCUGGUGUCAUGGUACGACAACGAGUGGGGUUACAGCAACCGGGUGUUGGACCUCAUAGAGCAUAUGGCGUUGGUGGCAGCUGCCAACUAAAAGAGCAUCACCGUGCUGAUUGUUGGAAGGGCAACAUGUUUCAUGUUUUUUGUUGUUGCCAUCUUCCUGAAAGUGAGAGUGUAGAUUAUGAUUGGAUGUUUCAACUAAUGUCACUUGGAUAUAGACUUGGAAAUAAAGAAUAUCUUGUGCUUUUGGUA